AUGGUUACAGCUAUCAAAGGAGUCUUAGUUAAAUGUGAUGAACCAACAAUGCAAAUUAUUGUACUUUUGAAUAAAGGCAAAAAUUUUUUAAUAGAAAAAAUUAGUGAUACUGUUUGUUUAUGUAAAGAAAAUGUAUACGAUUUUUUGGAUAAAGAGGUAAUAAGACAAUUAGAAUUUUCCGAAAGACAUGAUAUAGAGGAUUAA